AUGCAGCCGGAGCAAAGCGCUCUCGCGGCGAAUUCAUCCACGCUCAAGAGGAAGAAAGAAGAUGCGGACGAUGACUCCACGCUCAAGAAGAAGAAAGAGGAUGCGGACGAUGGCUCCACGCUCAAGAAGAAGAAAGAGGAUGCGGACGAUGACUCCACGCUCAAGAAGAAGAAAGAGGAUGCGGACGAUGGCUCCACGCUCAAGAAGAAGAAAGAGGAUGCGGACGAUGACUCCACGCUCAAGAAGAAGAAAGAGGAUGCGGACGAUGACUCCACGCCUCCGGCGAAACUCCCACGUGAGGAGACCAUCAUGAACUGGACGACAGCGGAGACGUGCGACUGGCUGGCAGCAAAGCUCCCUCCGCACAGUGAGAAGUUCAUCGAGGUGCUCCGCAAGAACGAGCUGAAGGCCGACAAGCUCAUGGUGGUCAAGGACAACCCAAGGCAUGAGCUCAUUAAAAGAAUCCCAGAAUUGGAGGGCUUUUACUGGCUCCUUUUCAAAGCUGCUCUCAAACUGGAAGUUGUGGGCAUGCCCAAAACCCCGAAGCAUGUUUUCCAUUAA